AUGAGAAAAUAUACAAUAGAUAUAUUAAAAGAGAAAAAAGAUAUUACUAUUAUGAUGUAUAAGAGUAUAGAGAAUAUAGAUGAUUUGUUAAAGACGGUUCAACACAGAGAUCCUGAAUGGGCACUCAUCAAUGCAUCGGUCAUAUUUGAUGAUCGUCAACUGUUGAUGGCUAUAUCAUCGGCACUUGUUCAAUCGAAACCUCUUACUUCAAAUAUUCAUUCUGAACUUGUAUUUAGAUUAUCUCCUUCAAAUAAUAUAAAAGAAGUAUUAAAACAAUUUGGGAUUUGUUUGGAAUCAAAAGAAAUGUUUGUGGUUAUGAUUAAUGCAGAUGAUGAAAAGAUUGAAAGAUUUAAAUCAUUGGUUAAAGGAAAAGAAAUCACCUUUGACACUGCGGCAGAAGAACAAGAACAAAAGAAACUCUAUUAUCCAAAUAGAGAAUUCUUUAAUCAAGAUGUAGCAAAACAAAUGUAUAGAAUUGUAGAUAACCAAAAUAUUGUUGAUACUGUAUCACUUGAAAAAGAAAUAUUAAAUGCAAUGGCUGUAAAGGGUUAUUUAUAA